AAACCUUAGCUUCUUCUUCUUACACCUUUAAGUGAAGCUGCUAUUUCUUAUUUUUCUUUGCCAAAUUAGUAACCUUCAUUUCUUCCUGUUCAAUCACUUCUGCGGCGAAAUUUCAAGAAUGACUGAGAAAGAAGAAAAACAAUCUCGUAUUUCUGUUUGUUUGUUGUUUUUUCAAGUAGCAAUCUUAUGGACUUUGAUCUCCUUGGUCGUAUGGAUAUCUUUGAAGCCAAAGAGUCCCGUUUACAACAUAACCACUCACCUUGCAGCCUUACACAAACCGAAUUCAACGUUUCACAAUGAGGAAUUAGCCAUGCGAAACAUUUCUAUCAUCCUUAACUUGGAAAUAUCAAACCCCAACGAACGAAUUGGCAUCUGUUACGAUGACAUCAACAUAACUUUACUAUACAAUCAUACAUUACUUGGCACCGAGUCCUAUCCAGGUUUCUACCAGGGCUACAGUAAAACUGCUAUACGCCAAGUGAGGAUGAUAGUUCACCCACAGUUGAGGAGAGUUAUUUGGAGCAACUCUAUGGACGUGAGGGUCUGCUUGGGAACUUCUGUUAGGUAUAACUAUAAGAUAUUCAAAUACAAGACGACGCAUCACCGGAUGGAUAUGGAGGCAUGCGUAGGCAUAUAUAGGUUGAGAUGGGAAUCAGCAGAGAAGAAUAUAGAGCUACACCAGAUUAUGCUGAAACAGAUAAAACAUGGAAGAAGGUUUUUUCAAAAGACACUAGAUUGUCAAUAUUAGUUCAUUUCUCAAGUUUGUAAU